AUGGCUUUCCUGCAGCAGCUGCGGGACCCGGCCUGUACAGCUAUAGGGGAGGUAGGCAUCGACCUGACCUCCAAUUGUAGCUGUGCGGGCCAGUGCCCCAAACCUGCAGAAUGCCGGCAACAGGUCACCAGGGAUCAGGUCACCACCUUGACCACUGUCCUGCAAGGGGCUGUGGUUGAGGGUGGUGGCCGACCGGUGAUUAUUCACUGCAAAGAUGGGGGCAGUGGCCGGGCAGCGCAGGAGGCCCUCGGAUGUUUCCGAAGGGUGCCAGGGGCCUCCACGCUGGCGGUGCAUUGGCACUGUUUCACUGGGUCUGUGGAGGAUAUUGAGGCUUGGCGGCAGCUGCUUCCGAACCUCCAUAUCGGGGUGACGGUUCUAUCCCUAAGAGCCCCCUCCACGCGACUGGCCCUGGGAGGCAUUGACCCUAGCAGAUUACUGCUGAAGCGGAUGCCCCCUACUUGGUGCCUACGGGAGCCGGGGUUGGAAUCAACAGCCCCUGGCUCCUAA